AUGCACCCGUUUGGCCCGAUAUCCUCUCCCUUCUGUGCAAAAGUUGCGUUAAAAACAACCGUGAACAAGUUUGCUCAGCAUUUCGCAACCCCGGCGGGCCCCUGUGUUGAACAUAACUUUUAUGUGGACGACUUCCUGGCAUCGGUUGAUAGCAUCGGGGAAGCAGUUCGACACAGUAGGGAUCUAUCCAAGUUACUGCUCAUGGGAGGGUUCAAGUUGACCAAGUGGAUGUCCAACAGUCGGGAUCUAUCCAAGUUACUGCUCAUGGGAGGGUUCAAGUUGACCAAGCGGAUGUCCAACAAUCGUCAUACAAUUGAUUGCAUCCCAGCUGAUGAGCGCUCACCGAGUCUCCGUGACUUGCAGGGAAGUCCGUUACCAACAGACGGGGCACUUGGUGUCCAAUGGGGUUCGGAGAAAGAUGAGUUUUUGUUCCAAAUCCAGCUACUCGAAAAGACGGCCACUGGCAGAGGAAUUCUAUCUACGAUCCAAAGGAGUUCGUUGAACCGUGGCUAA